CUGCUUUUUGAAGUAGGUUCAGUGUUAUUUUAACAGCGAAGUUGGCCAGUGCGAGAGCUGCCCGAUCCAAACCAAACCCAGCCACAACCAGUUAGACAACAAAGACCGGGCACUGCAACCCAGCGAUAAAAGCAAGUCAAAUAUUAAAAAUAUUAUAUUUCUUGUGAACUACAAAACAAUAAAAAUGUGUGGAAUCUUUGCCUAUCUAAAUUAUCUAACGCCGAAGUCACGCUUGGAGGUGCUUGAUUUGUUGGUUACCGGCUUGAAGAGAUUAGAGUACCGUGGUUAUGACUCUACUGGAGUGGCAAUCGACUCACCGGAUAAUAAGAAUAUCGUGAUGGUCAAGCGUACGGGAAAGGUCAAAGUCCUUGAAGAGGCGAUUCAGGAGCAUUUCAGCGCAGGCGACUACAGUGAGCCCGUUAUGACCCACAUUGGCAUUGCCCACACUCGAUGGGCCACCCAUGGCGUUCCUUGCGAAAGAAACUCCCACCCCCAUCGUUCUGACGACGGAAACGGGUUCGUCGUAGUCCACAACGGUAUUAUCACAAACUACAACGAUGUGAAGACCUUUUUGGCAAAGCGUGGCUACGAGUUCGAGUCGGACACGGACACAGAAGUAUUCGCAAAGCUGGUACACCAUCUUUGGAAAACCCAUCCCACCUACUCGUUUCGCGAGCUGGUCGAGCAGGCCAUCCUCCAAGUGGAAGGCGCCUUUGCCAUUGCCGUGAAGUCCAAGCAUUUUCCCGGAGAAUGUGUGGCCUCGCGGCGUAGUUCACCACUGCUGGUCGGAAUCAAGACAAAGACGCGUCUUGCCACAGACCACAUUCCCAUUCUGUACGGAAAAGCAGACGACAAGAAACUAGGCCCAGAUCAAGACUCUGACUCUGGCAAACCGCAAGAAAUUCGUCCACAUGGACAAUCCCGUGAACUACCAGUGCUUCCGCGUUCGGAGAGCACUUCUGAAUUUAUGCCCUUGGAGGAAAAGGAAGUUGAAUACUUCUUUGCAUCAGACGCCUCAGCCGUCAUCGAACACACAAACCGGGUGAUCUAUUUGGAGGACGACGACGUUGCCGCAGUUAGAGAUGGUACACUGAGCAUCCAUCGCUUAAAGAAGAGUCUAGAUGACCCACACGCACGCGAAAUCACUACCUUAAAGAUGGAAAUCCAACAAAUCAUGAAGGGGAAUUAUGACUACUUCAUGCAGAAAGAGAUUUUUGAGCAGCCCGACUCCGUGGUCAACACGAUGCGUGGGCGAGUCCGUUUCGACGGAAACGCGAUUGUGCUCGGCGGUAUCAAGGAAUACAUUCCGGAGAUUAAACGCUGUCGCCGUUUAAUGCUGAUUGGGUGCGGUACUUCUUACCACAGCGCGGUAGCCACCAGGCAGCUGCUCGAGGAGCUUACUGAGCUGCCCGUAAUGGUCGAGCUAGCCUCCGACUUCCUGGAUCGCAAUACACCUAUAUUUCGAGACGACGUUUGCUUUUUUAUAUCGCAGUCUGGAGAGACUGCAGAUACUCUGAUGGCCUUGCGGUACUGUAAGCAGCGGGGAGCCUUAAUUGUGGGCAUCACGAACACCGUAGGCAGCAGCAUCUGCCGCGAAUCCCACUGUGGAGUGCAUAUUAACGCCGGUCCAGAGAUUGGAGUAGCUUCGACUAAAGCCUACACCUCACAAUUUAUUUCCUUAGUGAUGUUCGCGUUGGUUAUGUCCGAGGAUCGUCUUUCCCUCCAGCAGCGACGGUUGGAAAUUCUGCAGGCGCUAUCCAAGCUGGCAGACCAGAUUCGAGCCGUUCUCAAGCUGGAUUCAAAAGUUCAAGAGCUGGCCAAAGACCUUUACCAACACAAGUCCCUACUGAUAAUGGGUCGCGGCUACAAUUUCGCAACCUGCCUGGAAGGCGCUCUGAAAGUCAAGGAGUUAACGUACAUGCACAGUGAGGGCAUCAUGGCCGGUGAACUAAAGCAUGGCCCACUGGCCCUCGUGGAUGACUCAAUGCCAGUCCUGAUGAUAGUCCUACGCGACCCGGUCUACGUCAAGUGCAUGAAUGCUCUGCAGCAGGUCACAUCACGCAAGGGCUGCCCGAUUAUUAUCUGUGAGGAAGGAGACGAGGAGACUCAGGCGUUCUCCUCCCGACACUUGGAGAUUCCACGCACCGUUGACUGUCUGCAGGGAAUUCUCACCGUAAUUCCAAUGCAACUCCUGUCAUACCAUAUUGCAGUGCUCCGCGGAUGCGACGUUGACUGCCCCAGAAACCUAGCCAAGUCCGUGACGGUUGAAUAAGAGAAAUACAGACUCGAAACACCAAACAAUCGGAUUUCAUUUUGACUUUCUGCAUGAUAAUCUCUACUUUUCCUCGAUGAACACAAUGCACCAUUAUUAUGAAAUAUUACCACUAGACACGUAAUCGUCAAGGAAAUAAAAAAUUUAUUAAAAAAAACUA